AAACUUAGUGCGAAGCUUGCAUGAAUGUUAAACUUCCGAUCCGAGACGUCUGUGCUUGGGGUAACGAUAAACAAUAUUGAUACCUGGUAAGACGGGUAUAGAAAGCCAACUCCGAUCCGCAAAGAACCAGGCCCCUCCAAAGUCAUAGAAAGAAUGGUAAAGAAAUUUCUGGAAAAGGACCAUAAACUUCGCGGUUUUAGACGCUGCAACACUUCACAUGGGAGAGAGUUAAGCGGGUAGUGCAACUGGCUCAGCAGCGUGCACUAAGUACUAGAAACUGUACUAUUACUACUCCUUUCAGUUGAAAGCAAAGGGAAAGAAACAUCACGACAACCAGAUAACCACCAUGAAUGCCUGUCCAGCAACAACUGCCCUUCCCGGUACAUUCUAUGCUAUGGUAAAAAGAAAAUCUGGGGGGUCGUCCUUCCCUUCCACCCGCUGCACAUAUACAAAGCGCCGCUACCCAAUUUCCCUGGCGACCGGGUCGGUUGUCGUAGAGACUACUCCAUCUCAGCAGGAAACUAAUUCUAAUUCAGUUGUUCGCCGCCUCAUUUUGCUCCGUCAUGCCGAUAGUAGUUGGGAAAAUCGCUCCCUCCGAGGUAUUAGAUCAUGAUCGCCCAUUGACUAAAAAUGGACGAGAAGAUGCCAUUAAAGUCUCCCAGAAGCUUCAAUUGUUGGGCUGGAUACCUGAACUUAUUUUAUCUAGUGAUUCCCAACGAACGAGGGAAACACUGAACAUUAUGCGAAAAGAGGUUCGAGGGUUUUUGGAAGCUGAGGUACAUUUCCUUUCAAGCUUUUAUUCAGUUGCAGCCAUGGAUGGUCAGACAGCAGAGCACCUUCGACAGGCUAUAAGUGAAUACUCAACAGAUGAAAUAUUAACCGUCAUGUGCAUGGGACAUAAUAAGGGAUGGGAGGAGGCUGCAUCAACAUUUUCAGGUGUCUCUGUUGAACUGAAGACUUGUAAUGCUGCUUUGCUUGAAGCUGCUGGAAAAACAUGGGAAGAAGCAUUUGCUUUGGCAGGAAUCGGUGGCUGGAAGCUUCAUGGCAUUGUUAAGCCGGAUGCUGGUCUUUAAGAUUUCUCGGUAGCAAGGACAAAUUACCAGAUUCCUAUAUUCUACAUGGUUCCUUCCAUCUGAAUUGACAAUCCCCGAUUAGGAGAAUGGUAAGAGUAAGUCUAGGAAGUUCCUGUUGCAAACUACUAUUAACCAGUUUUUAUAUUAUUGAUGUGAAGGAAGAUCAUAAAGUUCUCUCCGAAGUCCAAAGAUUCUCCUAGUAUUGGAAAUGAGAGCUGUGACCAUUUGGAUGCAUUCUUGCCUGCAAAACACUGAGCGUGUUGCAAAAUGUAAAGCCAUUGUGGAUUUUUUUCUGCACUCCUCCUUCCAGCGACAUGUUUGUGGGCAUUGAAACGCUUCUUUUGAGCUAUUUAUGCUUCAGGAGAUUUGACUAAAGGAUCAAAGUUCUGGUGAAAUCUUAUGCUGCUGAUUUAGCAUAAAAUGAAUGCCCAAAAUUCAAAAAACACUUAGUGAA